GAAUGGAUCAACCCCCUUUUGACGUGGAAUGCAUCUGAUUUCGGUGGUAUCGACGAGAUCAAUGUAGACGCUUCCAAAGUGUGGGUUCCAGAUAUCGUGCUUUAUAACAGGUAUUGCUUUGAAAUUUACCAUAUCCAGUCCAAGAGGGAUAAAAAAACGUCCCUGUUACUGAAUACGUUGUAUCUGAUUAACAUACUUUUCAACUGGGGGCCGGGUAAAGUAUCUUGCAGUUUAAGGAUGUGUCAACGGCCCGUCUUUGUAAAGCACUCCCUCUACGGUUUAUUAAAAGUACUUCUUGACCAUAUAAAAAGAAUUUUUAAUGUUUGGUUACCUUAAAGUCAAUUUAGGUACUUGAACUCACUUUACUUACUAAGACUAAUUUUUAAGUCUGGUAAUUGCUUUUCAAUUUCUUUGCAACUUAAGUGCGGAAUUUACAUUUCCUGGAGGGACACACAAGUACAAAACAGACGUUGUCAUCUAUUCAAAUGGACGAACGAUAUGGUUAGCUCCGGCCAUGUUUGUGACAGUCUGCCGAUUGGACGUCAGGUAA